AUGGAAGGUCCCAGUCGUGUGUAUCUCUUUGGAGACCAGACUGCGGAUUUCGACUCGGGCCUUCGCCGCCUGUUGCAUGCCAAGAAUGACUCCCUGCUGGUAGCGUUUUUCCAAAAGUGUUACUAUGCAUUACGCAAAGAGAUUACCUCUCUGCCGCCAUCUGAACGGCAGAGAUUCCCUCGCUUUACCAGCAUUAUCGAUCUUCUCGCUAGAUAUCGCGAGUCGGGGCCAAACCCAGCGUUAGAGAGUGCAUUGACGACAAUUUAUCAACUUGGAAGUUUUAUCCAUUACUAUGGUGAUUUAGGUCAUACCUACCCGUCUGGUAAGGAGCACUUUAUCAUCGGGCUUUGCACUGGUCAACUUGCAUCUGCUGCGGUUAGCUCCUCGAAAACGGUGGGAGAACUUAUCCCGGCCGGUGUUCAGACCGUAGUUCUUGCUCUGAGACUCGGACUCUGCGUUUUUAAAAUACAAGAGCUUGUAGAAUCAAGCAAAUCAGUCUCAAGCUGGUCUGUACUGGUUUAUGGCAUGCGAGAAUCCGAAGCCCAGGAGCUGAUUCAACAAUACGCGAAGAAAAAUGUUCUGCCUCGUGUUUCACAGCCCUAUAUCAGCGCGGUGAGCCCUAACGGACUUACCAUCAGUGGUCCCCCAACUUUCCUUAGCCGCUUCAUUGAGACCAGCUUGUCAAAGGAACACAAGCCUACCAGAGUACCCAUCCAUGGUCCAUACCAUGCAUCGCAUCUUUAUGAUGAUAAGGAUGUCAGCCGUAUCAUGGAGUCUUGGCCCAAGGAAGAGUUCGGAAAAUACGUGCCUCAAAUUCCGGUACUUUCAAGCGAGACUGGUAAGAAUGUCCAAGCUGAGAGCCUUGAGCAGUUGUUGAGAGCUUCUCUUGAGGAGAUCUUGCAACGACAGCUUUGCUGGGAUAAGGUCAUUGAAUCUUGCUACUCAAUUUUGGAGUCCGCCACAAACUGUACUCUGCUCCCAAUAUCCAGCACUGCGACUCAGAUCGACAGCACAAUUGGCGAUGUCCAAGAUGAUUCCGAAAGCGGCAACCGUACUGGCCGCUCUGAGCAGUCCAAAAUUGCAAUCAUUGGUCUCUCUGGACGAUUCCCUGAGGCACCCGACACCGAAGCCUUCUGGGAUCUUUUGAAGAAGGGGCUUGACGUUCACCGUGAAGUCCCUCCAGAGCGAUGGGAUGUGAAGGCCCAUGUCGACAUGGAAGGAAAGAUCAGAAACACCAGUCAGGUUCAAUACGGAUGCUGGUACAAUGAUGCCGGAAUGUUUGAUCCUCGGUUCUUCAAUAUGUCUCCCCGUGAAGCACUCCAGGCAGAUCCCGCUCAGCGACUGGCCCUUCUUACUGCUUACGAAGCUUUAGAAAUGGCAGGAUUCAUCCCCAACAGUACUCCCUCUACGCAGAAGAACCGGGUUGGUGUAUUUUAUGGAAUGACCAGUGAUGACUAUCGUGAGAUCAACAGUGGCCAGGACAUUGAUACCUACUUCAUUCCCGGUGGCAACCGUGCUUUUACUCCUGGUCGCAUCAACUACUACUUCAAGUUCAGCGGACCCAGUGUUAGUGUUGAUACAGCGUGCUCCUCAAGCCUUGCGGCAAUUCAUGUUGCUUGUAACUCGCUGUGGAAAAACGACUGUGACUCGGCCGUUGCUGGCGGUGUCAACAUCCUGACCAACCCUGACAACCAUGCUGGUCUCGACCGUGGCCAUUUCCUUUCCAGGACCGGUAACUGCACCACAUUCGAUGACGGUGCUGAUGGAUAUUGCAGAGCGGAUGGAAUCGGAUCCAUCGUCCUGAAGAGACUGGAGGAUGCUCAAGCCGACAACGACCCAAUUUACGGCAUCAUUGAUGGAGCUUAUACCAACCACUCGGCAGAGGCUGUUUCAAUCACUCGGCCUCACGUUGGGGCGCAGUCCUUUAUCUUUGACAAGCUUCUGAAUGAGUCCAACAGUGACCCAAAGGAGGUUAGCUACAUCGAAAUGCACGGAACUGGUACCCAAGCAGGCGAUGCAGUCGAAAUGCAGUCAGUCCUUGACGUCUUUGCUCCCGACUACCGUCGUGGACCCACCCAAUCUCUUCACCUUGGAUCGGCCAAGGCAAAUGUCGGCCACGGAGAGUCUGCAUCGGGCGUCACAGCAUUGAUCAAGGUGUUAAUGAUGAUGCGAAAGAAUAUGAUUCCUCCUCACUGUGGUAUCAAGACCAAAAUCAACCACAACUUCCCAACAGACUUCCCCCAGCGUAAUGUCCACAUUGCCAUGGAGCCAACUCCCUGGAACAGACCCAAUGGCGGCAAGCGAAAGACCUUUGUCAACAAUUUCUCAGCUGCCGGCGGUAACACUGCUCUAUUGAUCGAGGAUGGCCCUCUUGACGAAGAGAAUGUUGAAGACUCCCGAUCUACUCAUGCCGUGCUUGUCUCUGCUCGGUCCCAAACUGCCUUGAAGAACAACAUUUCUGCUCUCGUCCAAUACAUUGACACAAACAAGAACUUGUUCAAUCUCAACGAAUCAAGUCUCUUAGCCAACCUGUCAUACACCACAACAGCUAGACGCAUUCACCACCCAUUCAGAGUGGCUGUUACUGGAUCUACUCUUGAUGAAGUCAGGAGCGCAUUGGCUCCAAUCGUCAACCGUGACAGUAUCUCUCCGGCACCCGCUACCGCCCCUGGGAUUGGCUUUGUAUUCACUGGGCAGGGUGCUCAAUAUACCGGCAUGGGUCGUCAGUUGUUCGAGAGCUGCUUGCAAUUCCGCACUGAUAUCGAGCACUUUGAUCGUAUUGGCCAGAGUCAGGGCUUCCCAUCUAUUAUCUCUUUAGUUGAUGGGAGCGUCCCGAUCGAAGAGCACAGCCCAGUUGUUACUCAACUUGGAACCACCUGUGUGCAGAUGGCAUUGACGAAGUACUGGGUCUCUCUGGGUGUGACCCCUACCUUUGUUCUCGGCCACAGCCUCGGCGAGUAUGCUGCCAUGAAUGCCGCAGGAAUUUUGAGCACCAGUGAUACUAUCUAUCUCGCUGGACGCCGUGCACAGAUUCUCACUGAGCAAUGCAAAAUUGGAACGCAUGCAAUGCUUGCAGUCAAGUCUUCAGUGGCACAAGUGAAGCAGUUCCUUGAUAACACUACCGAGGUAGCUUGUAUCAAUGCUCCUAGCGAGACUGUUAUCAGUGGUACCAGUGAGAAGAUCGAUCAGCUUGCGCAGACUCUUUCAAACGAAGGAUUCAAGGCUACCAAGCUGAAGGUGCCUUUCGCCUUCCAUUCCGCUCAGGUUGAGCCUAUCCUUGAUGGUCUAUCCGAGAUUGCAAAGGGUAUCACUUUCAACGAGCCAUCCAUUCCUUUCGUGUCUGCUCUUCUCGGUGAUGUCAUCAAGGAGGGCAACAGCAAUCUGCUUGGCCCCAACUACCUGACUCGACACUGCCGGGAGACUGUCAAUUUCUUGGGAGCCCUGGAAGCUACGCGCCACUCCAAUCUCAUGAACGAUAAGACUCUCUGGGUUGAGGUUGGUUCGCAUACUGUCUGCUCUGGAAUGGUCAAGGCAACCUUCGGCCCCCAAGCCAACACCGUGGCAUCUCUCCGUCGCCAAGAAGACACCUGGAAGGUUCUGUCCAACAGUCUUUCGGCUCUUUAUCUGGCUGGAAUUGACCUCCGCUGGAAGGAGUACCACCAGGAUUUCACCGCUGGCCACAAAGUUCUUCCACUGCCCUCUUACAAGUGGGACCUUAAAAACUAUUGGAUCCCUUAUACUAACAACUUCUGCCUUCUCAAGGGUGCACCGGCUGUGCCUGUGGUUGAAGCGGCCCCGAUCUCGACUUUCUUAUCAUCGGCAGCUCAGAAAGUUUUGGAAACAACUGGUGACAGCUCAUCGGCAAUGAUCGUCAUUGAGAAUGACAUCGCUGAUCCUGAUCUCAACCGCGUCAUCGCAGGCCACAAGGUCAACGGUGCCUGUCUCACCCCAUCGUCUUUGUAUGCCGAUAUUGCGCAGACACUUGGUGAAUACCUUGUUCAGAACUACAAGCCCGAGUGGAAGGAUCGCGGGUUUGAUGUUUGCAAUAUGACAGUUCCAAAGCCUCUCAUUGCGAAGGGCGGCAAACAACUCUUCCGAGUUUCAGCCAUAGCAAAUUGGGCCGAAGAAACCGCCAAGGUACAAGUUUGGUCUGUGACUCCGGAGGGCAAGAAAAUUCUCGACCAUGCCAACUGCACAGUCAAGUUCUUUGAGCCCGGGAACUAUGAGAUUGAGUGGAAGCGCAGCGCUUAUCUCAUCAAGAGAAGUAUCGAGCAUUUGCAAGAAAGCACAAUUUCUGGCCAAGCUCACCGUAUGAAGCGAGGAAUGGUCUACAAGCUCUUUGCUUCUCUUGUUGACUAUGACGAAAAUUACAAAUCGAUGCGAGAGGUCAUUCUUGACAGUGAACAGCACGAGGCUACUGCUCUCGUUAAAUUUGAGGCCCCCCCGGGCAACUUCCAUCGCAACCCAUUCUGGAUCGACAGCAUUGGUCACUUGUCAGGCUUCAUCAUGAAUGCCAGCGAUAACACAGACUCUAAGAACCAAGUCUUUGUCAACCAUGGCUGGGACUCGAUGCGCUGUCUGAAAAAGUUCGACCCCAGUAUCACUUACCGGACAUACGUGAGAAUGCAGCCUUGGAAGGACUCCAUCUGGGCAGGUGAUGUCUACAUGUUUGAGGGCGACGACAUCGUUGCUGUGUAUGGUGGUGUCAAGUUCCAAGCACUGGCACGCAAGAUCCUGGAUAUGGCUCUUCCUCCCGGCGGAGCUCCUGCCCCAAAGCCAGCAGCCAAGCGUGCCCCUGCUCCCAUCAAUGUUCAAAAGACCAAGACAGGUCCCGCGAAGAAGGCUGCAUCUACACCCAAGUCUUCUGGGCCCAGUCUCGCUUCGCGUGCUCUUACAAUACUUGCCCAAGAGGUUGGACUGUCAGCAUCUGAAAUGACCGACGAUCUAAACUUCGCCGACUAUGGAGUUGACUCUCUUCUCUCCCUAACUGUUACAGGCCGAUACCGCGAGGAUAUGGAUCUCGAUCUUGAUUCAUCUGUCUUCGUGGAUCACCCAACUGUCAAAGAUUUCAAGCGUCUCCUGGCUCAGAUGGGCCCUGCUGAAAGCACCGAUGAAUCAAGCAGCGAAGGCGACGUGUCCUCUGCUGCAUCUUCGACAGAUAUCUCCUCUCCAAACUCCAGCGGUCUUCCGACCCCUGCUAACGAGAAGUCAAUGACACACGGUGCCCAGGUGCAGAACGACACCAUGAAGCAGAUUACUUCAAUUUUGGCCGAGGAGAUUGGCGUUAAGCCCGAGGAGCUCGACGGUGAUGCUAAUCUCGGUGAGAUGGGUCUGGACUCCUUGAUGUCCCUCACUGUACUUGGUAAGAUCCGUGAGGAUCUGGAUCUGGAUCUCCCAGGAGAAUUCUUCAUCGAGAACCAAACCCUCGAUGACAUUGAGAAAACUCUAGAUCUGAAGCCCAAGCCCGCUCCCGCGGAACCAAUCAGGUUCCCCGAGCAAAUACCCGUUCAAACCCCGACUGCCACCCCCCACACUGCCAUUCAGCACCCACCGGCUACUUCCAUUCUCCUACAGGGCAACCCGAAGACAGCGACUCAAAAGCUGUUUUUGUUCCCCGACGGAUCAGGCUCUGCUACCUCGUACGCUACUAUCCCUGGUGUAUCUCCUGAUGUCUGCGUCUACGGACUCAAUUGUCCGUAUAUGCGCACACCCGAGAACCUGAAGUUCAGCCUGGACGAGUUGACAGCUCCUUAUGUUGCUGAAAUCCGCCGUCGCCAGCCCACCGGUCCUUACAAUUUCGGUGGCUGGUCUGCUGGCGGUAUCUGCGCCUAUGAUGCUGCUCGUCAACUGAUCUUCGAAGAGGGCGAACGGGUCGAGCGUCUGCUUCUCUUGGACUCGCCGUUCCCCAUUGGACUGGAGAAACUGCCCCCUCGUCUGUACAGCUUCUUCGACACGAUUGGGCUGUUUGGAGAGGGUAAGGCGCCUCCACCAAAGUGGUUGCUUCCUCACUUCUUGGCUUUCAUCGACUCCCUGGACGCUUACAAGGCGGUGCCAUUCCCCUACUCGGACCCCAAACUAGCUGAUAAGCUUCCCAAGACCUUCAUGGUCUGGGCUAAGGAUGGUGUCUGCUCCAAGCCCGGCGAUGCCCGUCCUGCACCUGCUGCUGAUGGCAGUGCGGACCCCCGAGAGAUGCUGUGGUUGUUGAACAAUCGCACUGAUCUUGGACCGAACGGCUGGGACACUCUCGUUGGCCCGGAGCAUGUCGGUGGUAUCACCGUAAUGGAGGGUGCCAAUCACUUUACCAUGACUCGCGGCGAGAAGGCGAAGGAAUUGGCUUCAUUUAUUGCUAGCUCCAUGGCUUCGGCGUAA